AUGGAAACGUUCAGAUUCCAACUAUCUUUGGAUCAGAUGCGGAUGGUGGCUGAUGAAGGUGUCCGUCUUGCGAAUCUCUGCAGUACUCGGAUGGGUCGAGCGCAACAAAUGUGUAAAGAACGAGCUGACGCCGUAAUGGCUAUCGAUUCGUUCCUGAGAAACACAUCCGAUAUGGAUCGAAAGAUUAAAGACCUUAAUAGACAGGUGGAUAAGCUCGUACGAUUCUGCAAUCAAGCGGAACAGGCAAUGACGCACUUGGAAGCAUUGGCCACUGUGGUCAGAACCGAAGAAGAGGUCGGACCUUAA